AUGUUUGGUCUGUGUUUGACACCUUGCAAAUCUGCAACUAAAAACUCAGAAUCGGCCUGUAAAUUACAAAUAAGGCAAGCAUUCGACGACUAUGAAUAUUAUCAAGAUGGAGAUGUUAUAAUCGGAGGAGUGUUCACUGUACAUUCGGCUGUGGAGCAUUACCAAUUUACAAAAGCACCUCUGGAGCACAUGAUCUGUAUGGCGCCUUUCUACCUUUUGUACGCGCAUGUCCGCAUCUUUCUUUUUGCCAUUGAACAAAUUAACAAAGACACAGAUAUUUUACCAAAUAUCACGCUGGGAUACCAUUUUUAUGAUUCUUGCUUAGAUAAAAGGAAGGCGGUAAAAAGUGUUUUACAAAUUUUGUCUGGACCUGGGAAGACUGUCCCCAAUUAUUCCUGUUCUGAACGUGGGAAGGUGGCUGGUUUUAUUGGAGAUCACUAUUCAGUCACCACUGUGCCCAUAGCGCAAAUACUCGGGAUAUAUGGUCAUACACAGAUCAGCUAUGGAGCCACAGAUUAUUCAUUAAGUGAUCGACGUGUCUACCCGCACUUUUUUAGGGCACUACAGAAUGAACAUGUCCAUUUAUUAAUAAUAGCCGACCUUCUGAAAUACUUUGGCUGGACCUGGGUUGGAAUAUUUACAUCGAAUGAUGACAGUGGAAAUCAACAAAGCCUUAUUUUAACCAAAUAUCUCAAUGAUCAGGGUAUUUGUGUUGCCUACACAAUACAUAGCAACAAGGGCAUCAAAAACAAUUUACAUCACAUCAGUGAAAUUGUUAGAAAAUCUUCUGCUCAAGUUAUUGUGAUUUGUGGAGCCUUAACAUAUGCUUCUAUUAGCACACUGCUUGCCUUAAAAGAUGUUUUUCACAGAGACUUCAGACUCAUCAUAGAUCUCAAGUUUCUGAACCGUUUUGUGGCUUACAGGAAGUUCAGGAUGGAGUCUAUCAAGUCCACCAUAGAGCUUCUUUCCAAGGGAGAUUUUCUCGCUACUCUCGAUCUUCAGGAUGCCCAUCUUCAUGUUCCCAUCAGGCAGGAGUCACAGAAGUUUCUUCGAGUGGACAGCCUACAAAAGGGACUCUUCAUUUCCAGUUGCAAGCUCUUCCUUUUAGUCUUGUUUCAGCUCCAAGAGUCUUCACCAAACUGCUGUCUGGGAUUGUUUCUUCCCACCAGAACGAUUCCUUUCCUGGGGUUUAUCCUGGAUACUUCCUGUCAAAAGAUCUUCCUGCUAGGGGACAAGAUUCAGAAUAUCACCAGCUUUACCCGUUUGAUUUUAUCCAGACGUCUCUCCAGCCUGAGACAGCUCAUGCACCUUCUGGGAAUGAUGGUGUCUACGAGGCCUGCCCUGGCAUGGGCCCUUCUUCAUAUAUGUCCAAGCCUCCAAAGAAGUUGUGGAACAAGCCAGACCUGCUCCAUCAAGGGCCUGUACUCCACCCGCUUACUUCAAGUUGUCAGCGUGGCUCCUGAGAGGGAGAGAUUAAUUCAGGCUGGUCUCUACGAAGAGGUGGCUGAAACCAUGAUGAAGUGCCGGAAGCAAAUUACCAACCUCCGGUAUGAGAAGAUCCGCAAGUCCUUCUCCUGGUGUGCUAACAGACAGCUCCAGCAGGAUAAUGUCUCCAUCAGCAAUGUCCUAGAUUUCCUCCAAGCUGGUUUUCAUAAAAGUCUGUCUCCAGCCACCCUGAAGGUCCAUGUGGCAGUUCUUAGCGCUCUAUUAAGUGAACAGUUAGCUGUUCACCUUUGGAUCUCUCGUUUCAUUCACCCUACGAAUGACAAGGAACGCCAGCUCCAUUGCUUGGAUGUGCGCAGGUGUUUGAACUUUUACCUACAGAAGACUACUCCGGCGCAAGAAAAGGUCUUAGCGUUACAAGUACAACUUACCACCAACAAGCAACAGCCUAAAACAGCUACGCGUGGUAGCAUUCAUAUUAAUGUUCGUGUGCUGUUAUGGAUAUAUCAUUAUAUCAAGAAUACAGAUUAUGUACGGGGCUCGAACAAACCAGUGCCUGUUUUUGAUCAAAAUGGUGAAUAUGUUCGCCCUUACAUGAUUACAAAUCUGAAAUACACAUCUGAUUCAGUAAGAAAUGACAGUCAUGUAGGGCUGUAUACACCAUGGUAUCCGAGUGGUCAGAGACUUAAUAUUAACACACAUGGGAUGAUAUGGAAGACCAAUAACAACGAGAUUCCACAAUCUCAAUGCUCAAAUAAUUGUUUACCUGGUCAGAGGAAAGUCCAGCUAUUUGGAAUACACUCCUGCUGCUACGACUGUGUUUAUUGUUCAGAAGGAGAAAUAUCAAACGUUACUGACAGUGACAAUUGUUUAAAAUGCCCAGUAGAUGAAUGGCCAAAUGAGAAAAAGGAUCGAUGUAUUCCCAAAGUGGUGGAAUUUCUAUCCUAUACAGAUGAUACCUUGACUGCAAUAAUGGCAUCUGUCUCAGUUCUCUUUUGCUUAAUUACUCUGGCAGUACUGAGAUUGUUUAUUUUACACUGGAAUAACUAUAUUGUUAAAGCCAAUAACAGGAACCUCAGCUUCAUCCUCCUUGUUUCCAUAAUGCUGAGCUUCCUCUGUGUGUUUCUGUUCCUUGGACGGCCAGUGGAUAUAACCUGCAUACUUCGCCAAACCUCCUUUGGAAUCAUCUUCUCCGUAGCUGUGUCUUCUGUGUUGGCCAAGACUAUCAUGGUCUGUAUCGCUUUUAAAGCCACCAGACCUGGCAGCAAGUGGAAUAAAUGUAUCGGAGUCAAACUGCCAAUUUCUAUAGUCUUGUUCUGCUCAUUUAUUCAAGUUCUAAUUAAUAUCAUUUGGUUGAUUAUUUCACCUCCCUUUCAGGAGCAGGACAAGCACUCUUAUCAGGGAAAGAUCAUCAUUCAGUGUAACGAAGGCUCAGUUACUGCCUUUUACUCUGUCCUGGGCUAUUUGGGGAUCCUGGCAGCUGUGAGCUUUAUUAUAGCUUUUUUAGCCAGGACAUUACCUGACAGUUUUAAUGAGGCCAAGUACAUCACCUUCAGCAUGCUCGUGUUUUGCAGUGUUUGGAUUGCAAUGAUCCCGGUGUAUCUGAGCACCAAAGGGAAAUACAUGGUGGCUGUGGAGAUCUUUGCCAUAUUAACCUCAAAUGCGGGACUUUUGAGCUGUAUAUUUUUCCCUAAAUGUUACAUAAUCCUUUUUAGGCCAGAAAUGAAUAGUAAGACAUGUAUGUUAAAGAUUACUGAUUAACAGUUUCCUGCCUACAUAUAUGCUGCUUCUGGAAUCCCAUGUUAUAAUUUUCUGAUUAAUGGAGCUAUUCUUGAAGACAUCAACAUGAAUUGGAAAAAAUACACUAAAUGAAAUUAUACACAGGAGCAUGCAUCAAUCUAAAUGUUUAUAGAUACCU